AACUAUCUAUCUGUUAACUACUUUCUCUAUCCGAUUAAUCAAUUUCAUUCAUCUCCUCAAAUUCAUAUCAUCUUCGAAUGCUACGUUACGUUAAUUUGGGUUGUUUUCCGAUUUACAGUUCACAAUUCACAAAUUUGCCUUUGUUUUAGUUUUAGGUCGAACAUCCAUCUGUAUCUGUUUCUAUUGCACAGAAUCGCAGAUCUUUUUUCUAUUUAAUCUCGAUUAAAUUCCUGCAACCAAAAUUUCAUUUUAUUAUUAGAUAUAAAAUUGGAUUGAAGAUGGGAAACAUAGCUGCAAAGGAAAAGGAAAAGAAAAGAGAAGAAGUAGUGAUAAAGAUUGUGCCUCCAUUAGACUCUGCGUAUGUUCGUUGGCUUGCCAAAGAUUUGGAGAGGAUUCAUGGGUAUGUUCCUUCAAAACCUCGCGCCAUAAAACCACCAGAUCAUUACAUCGAUUACAUGCGGAUGAAUGGAUGGUUAGAUCUUGAUCUAAAUGAUCCUGCCCUCGCGCAUUUAUUCAAGUAGUAACAUGUUAAAUUGUUCCUGUUUAUUAUCCAUAAUAGCAUUGUAUGAUUCUACUUAUAUUUCAAAUUAUCCAUAAUAGCAAAGUACUUAUAUAUCAAAUGUUUUUGAUAUUUUUGGGUGUAAUUGCGUGGCAACGCAGUGAUGUAAAUUUGAUAAAAUUUGUAAUUUAUGUAAAAUCAUAUGGAAAUAGGGAAAUUUGUGGCGGUA